AUGCUUAACUGUUUGAGCCAUGUUACAUUUGUCAAGAUGUCCCUGAUCCCAAAGCACUUUGGGCUGAAAUACAAAGAAGAAUCAUAUAUGCUUAAAGAGCUUGAGAAGGUUCGCAAGGAUACUAAAACUGAAUUUCUCAGAUUCAAGCAGAGGUUGGCCUAUAAGCCCACCGUAGGCAAAGGUCUCGUCUAUGGCCCCGAAGAUUUCUGCCCGAGCAGCUCUGGGGAGAGGAGGCGCAUUUCCAGCAUUGGUUCCCAGAAGCCAGUUGGGUUCCCUCCGGCUAAAGGCCCUGUGACCCCCGCUGUGGCCCUCCAGCAGGGAGCGCCCCUGGGCUCAGCGCGCCUUCCGGGCCCGAGCGAGACCGUCAGCCCCUGGAAAACCAGGCCAUUUUGCCCCCAGGACUUUUACUUGCGGAGCUCCGCGUUCCUCCGGUACCGGCUCCCGAAGAAGCCGCCGGUCAUCGCCCCGGGGGCCGGCACGUCGAGGCCAACGAUCCUGCUGCCGCCGCCCGCGCCGCCGCUGAAGCCCAGAGUGCGCAAAGUCCCGGAGACCUCCAGGCCUGUUCUCGACCUGACCCGGGAGCGCGACGCGACCCAGGGGGCAGCGACGCUCGCCGAGGUCUGCAAGGCCAAAGAGCGGAAGGCCAGCUCCACGUGCCCCGAGAGCAGCGAGGCCGGCGGGUUAAGCCGGCGGAGGAGAGUGAGGAUUCGCACUCACGUCUUGCGGGAGGACUCGAUCUCCGAGACGCGGGAGGCGGCCAGGUCAGAAGUUUCCAAAACAGACCGGGACAGCAUCUCGCAGAGCGAUGCGGGCCACCUACCGGCGCGAGUGAUCCCGACUUCCAUAGAGGAGAUCAUCGCCUCGCUGCAGUCAGAGGCCCAGCUGGCCGCCGACCAGACCAUCAAAGAGCUCAUACAGAGUGUCCUUGGCCAGAAUUACGACAUUAAAAUGGAAGAUGUUUCUUUAAUGGGAAAAAUGCAGUGGCACAAAACAUCUCAUAUACAGUCUGAGCACGGAUUACAGAUAAAUGCUGAGGAACCUCAACAAAGUCUGCUUGAAGAAAUUCCUGAAGCUGUGUCAAGCAUUUUUCAGCUUGAACAAGAGGAUAUAUCAGAAUGGGGAGCCUCAGAAGCAGAUAGCAUGGUAUUUAAACCUCAGGAAAUUUCAGAAGUUCAGCCAGCAGAGGAAUCACCUAAAUUUUCGGGAGAUGAACAGCCCACAGAUGAUUCAAAAGCAGCCAAGCGGGUGUCUGUAAAGGUAUCAUCAUCAGAAUUCUUGCAAAUCAAGGGAAAAGAAGUUAAACGAAUGAGAAAAAGUAAAUUAGAAUUUCAGCAACAGAGACCAAGAAAAUCUUUAAAAUCCCCGAGGGAUCAAAAACUAGCUAAAAAAAUUCCACAGGACCACCCCACCCCUAGCCUUCACGACCUGUGCACCACUAUCCCAACCCACCGGCUGCCCAUUGACUUGUGUGUGGCUUCUCGGGUGUAUCAUACUGCCGACAAAAAAGGCCACAAUACUCUACUUGAAAUACUUGGAACAUCUUUCUCAGAUGAUCACUCUACAUAUGAAGAGCAAAGAGAUAGAUUACUGUUUGGAAUUCCUGUUAAGAGUGGCAACCAAGAAAAUGUUGCUGUUCCUUUAACAGUACCAGAGAUACCACCUGAAUUGACACAAGGAACUGGACAGCAUGCUCACAAACCACACCUGCGACUUUUGGGAGAGGAAGUAUCUACUUAUUCCGGACUUACGAAGUUAUUUUGGAAUCCAGCUGCACCCAAAUUCUCUGUUCCAGUAUCUGUCAUGAAGGACACCCUAUACCCAAAAUACGAGAGUGCUCAAACAAGCAGAAUUUUAAAUGAGAAAUAUUCAUCUGAAAGCAAGGAAUAUGUCAUUAAUUUAAGUCAACACUCUGGAAAAUCUUUUAGGGUAUUGCUUCCCAAAAAAACUGCAUCACUUCAAGAUAUCCGACAAUAUGUCAGAAGCCCACAGUCUCUACAAUUAAGGAGAGUAAAAUCUGCAGUUGAAUUGAGGAAGGAGGAGACCACAGCUCCCUUACAUAUCCACGAUGAUACGCAAAACAAUAUAAAAGUGGUGAUGUUUCAGAAAGCAAAGGAGUUUGAGCGUCAGAUGACUGAGAAAAUUAAACCUGAGGAACCCACCACUGUGAAAGGAAGUAUAGAUACCAUCUUAGACAGUUUUCAGAGCAAACAAAAUUUAAGACAGCUGUCUGCCUCUCUCAUUGAAGCAUCUAGACAAGCUGGCAUUAGUUACAUUAUUUAUCCCAAGAAAAAGAAGAUGAACUGGAAGAAACAAUCGAGCUUUGACAGACUUGGAAUUGUGUAUGAAGAGUUAUCCAGGCCUCCAAGAAUUCUUAAAAGAUCAUUGUCUCAUGGAAUGCUUCAUGAACAGAAGAAAUAUCUGCUCAAAGUUCCCUUGUAUGAACGUCAGAUUCAGUGUCCCAGCCUACCUUCAUGUUUAGAUUUUGAAGAAUUUGUCCAAAGUAAAGGAGGAAUUCCAGGAAAUACUGAUGCUCGAACAUGGGCUAUUAAUAUGUGGAUGAAGCAUAAAACUCAGCCUAAAGCUACACAAAAGAAGGUUGUUAAAGUAUCUCUUGUAAAAGACAAGCCUGAAGUGAAAGAACCUCCAAAAAUAGAAUUAAGUGAUUCUUUGGAGUCUGAUCUUCCUCCAGAGGUCAUUAAAUAUUAUAAAUCUGAAGUGGAGAUUUUGACUGAAGAAAUAAAUAAUAAGAAAAAAUUUUCUGCAUUUUCAUAUUGUAGACGUGGAGCUAUUUAUAGGAAACUGGGCAAGUUAAAGAGUGCCAUGAGUGAUCUACAGAAAGCUAUAUCCUUGGAGCCAUUGUUUCUCAAUGCCUAUUGGCACCGACAUUUCAUUUAUCUUUUCCAAGACAAAAUUAAUGAAGCUUUGGAUGACUUGAAUUUUAUAAAUAAAUACAAUAAAAAUAAUGCAGAGGCAUAUUUGUCAAAGGCUGAAAUUUUCAGGGAAAAAAAUGACAUUACUUUGGCAAUUCUAAACUAUACUCAGGCAAUUAAAUGCAAGCCCACAGUUGCUGAUAUGUAUUUCAGGAGGGGUGAGAUGUAUGAAAUAUCAAACCAGGUGUUGGCCAUUGAUGACUUUUCUAAAUGUAUUUUUUAUGAUCCCAAAAGAACAGAUGCACUAUUGAAACGUGGGAUGUUUUACUAUGAAAAUGAAAAUUGGAUUGCAGCCAUACAGGAUUUUACAGCCUUGUUAAAUAUAGACCACCAAAAUUCCCAUGCGCGGACAUACCGAGGUAGAGCAUAUUUUAAACGGCACUUUUAUAAACAAGCAACUCAGGACCUUUCGGCUGCAAUUCACUUAAAUCCUAAUAACUGGUUAGCACUGUAUUAUCGAGGCUGCAUAUUUAGAAAGAGUAACCCUUUGAGAGCGCUACAGGAUUAUAGCAUUUCAGCUCUCAUAAACGAUGGGUAUGAGAAUCUAAGUUCUUUUCUACAUCGGGGCAUACUCUAUGCAGAUCAAAGACAGUGGUUGCUGGCAAUUUGUGACUUUGAAACUGUUAUUUCUCUAGAAAGAACUGUUUCAUUGGCUUAUAUAAAUAUUGGCCUCAUACAUCUGUUACACCUGGAUAAUUACGUUGAAGCCAUCUGGCAGUUUUCUGAAGCUAUUAGAAUUGAUCCUUUAUGUAUUCAAAGCUAUAUUUGUCGAGCAGAAGCCUAUCAUAAGUUGCAUAAAUUGAAAGACUCAGUAAGAGAUUUGUCUUGUGCUAUCCACCUUCAGCCAGAUGGAAUCCAAUUAUAUAUAAUAAGAGGACAAUAUCUUCUUACAAUGAAACAAUUUGAUCUUGCAAAGUUCACAAUUUAUCAAGUAGCAGAAAUGAACAAAGGUCUCAUUGAGUUGAGUCCUGUACAGCAAGCGCUCAUUUAUUCCUUUUGUGAAAACCACGACAAAGCCAUUCAGGUCUUACACACGAUCACUUUGAGUAAGCCCGAGAUAAUCAUGUAUGCUCUAUUAGCAAAAGCGCAAAUGAAGGCCAAGAGAAACAAGGAAGCUGUGAGAACAUUUAAAAAGGCAUUGGACGUCUUUGCUCAUUCUGAUAAAGGACCAAAUGCUGUAUUGGCUUCAGCAGAUUGUUUGUAUCACCUGGGUCUUUGUUACAUGGAAGAAGGCAAUUUACAGACGGCUUUUGAUUCUUUUACAAAAGCUGUCAAAACAAAUCCUGAUUUUGCAGAAGGCUUUUAUCAACGAGGUCUUUGUAAAGUAAAACUUCGCAGGGAUAACUCGAUCCUGGAUUUUAAUCGUGCAGUUACCCUCAAUCCAAAGCAUUACCAGGCAUAUCUAAGCCGAGUAGCCUACUAUGGAUUGAAAGGCAGAUACUCAAAAGCAAUCUUGAAUUGUAAUGAGGCCAUCAGAAUUUAUCCUGAGAGUGUGCGUGCCUACCUCUACAGAGGAGUUCUGAAAUACUACAACAAGGCGUAUAAGCUAGCGAUUAGAGAUUUAACUAUAGCUAUCAACAUGGACAAAAACAGUCAUAUAGCAUUUUAUAACAGAGCAAUAUGUUACACCAAAGUAGAUGAACUUCAAAUGGCAUUAACAGAUUAUGGAGUUGUACUUCUUCUUGAUGCUGGAGAAACGGUAACAUUAAAUACCUUCAUUAACCGUGGACGCAUCUACGCAGAACUGGGGCAGUAUGGCUUUGCGUUAGAGGAUUUUAAACAAGCUGCAGUGAUAAGCCAGACUAACGUGAGCCUUUGCCAUGCGUCCGCCAUGUGUCAUCACAGAAUUAAAGAGUUUGAAGACGCUGUCAAUUUCUUCACCUGGGCUCUUAAAAUUAAUUCAAGUUUUGUGGACGCCUAUGUUGGACGGGGAAAUUCUUACAUGGAAUACGGUCAGGAGGAAGCCACCAAGCAAGCACAGAAAGACUUCCUGAGAGCAUUGCAUUUUAAUCCAGUUUACACAAAAGCCAGAAUUAGUUUAGGCUAUAAUUUGCAGGCCCAAGGAAAAUUCCAGAAAGCUUGGAAUCACUUUACCAUUGCCUUGGAAAUUGAUCCAAAGAGCUACAUAGCCUAUGAAGGAAGAGCUGUGGUCUGUCUUCAGAUGAGUAAUAAUUUUGCUGCAAUUCAGGAUAUUAAUGCUGCCAUAAAGAUCAAUACUACAGCAGAAUUCUUAACAAAUCGUGGUGUGAUUCAUGAGUUUAUGGGUCAACAACAGAAUGCAAUGAAAGACUAUCAAGCAGCAAUAUCUCUAAACCCCGAGUACUCACUAGCUUACUUUAAUGCAGGAAAUAUCUACUUUCACCACAGGCAAUUUUCCCAGGCCUGUGACUACUUCUCAAAGGCUUUACAGUUUGAUCCAGAAGAUGAGUAUGCUCUCAUGAAUCGAGCUGUUACAAAUACAAUAUUAAAGAAAUACGAAGAAGCAGAAGAAGAUUUUGCAAAUGUAGUUGAUAGUUGUCCCUUUUGGGCUGCAGUAUAUUUUAACAGAGCAAACUUCUACUACUGCUUAAAGCAAUAUGAAAUAGCUGAAGCAGACCUUAGUAAAGCUCUGUCUUUGAAGCCUAAUGAUGCUCUAGCAUACAGUCUUAGAGCAGAAGUUCGUGGUAAAAUAGGUUUGAUUGAGGAAGCUAUGGCUGACUAUAACCAAGCCCUUGAUAUUCAAGAAUUUGCCCCAGUUAUAUGA